AUGUCGGCGGAUGCAUUCGGUCGAUUCGAAGAAGCGACCACCCCAGAAGAAUGGCAGGCUGUGGGCCGCGACUCGCUCCUGGCGAUGCUAGGAAGUGCCCAUCCAUUGGACGCGUUCAAGAGGUUCCGACGGCGACCGCCCAACAUGGACGCGUUGCUGCGCAGUUAUGGCCUGGAUUAA